AGAAGAUUCUGUUAUGAUAUUCUGAGCCGACCUGAUUAACUUCGCGUGGGGGUCAACACCAGAGUCAAGAAAAAAAAAUAAAAAAGGUGGACGGAACAAAGCUACCGGCCCAUUUUAAGAAGCAUUAUUGCAGAUCUAGAGCCAGCAACGGGGGAAGAGGGAAAGUGAGCGAGAGAAAGAGAGGAGAGAAAGAAGAGGAGGAUGGCAGAUGUAGCAAUGAGCUUGCUUCUCCGGAAGGUGGCGACAAUGCUAUCAGAAGAAGCUGAUCUGCUGGGAGGCUUGCGGGCAGAAGUAGAGGACAUCGAGCAUGAACUGAUUGGCAUGCAGAACUUCCUGACGACGGGCGAAGCAAGCAUAGUCAAGAACUGCGUGGACGAGGUGAGAGAGCUGGCUUACGACACUGAGGACUGCAUCGAUAGCUUCAGGCUCCACAUUGCCAAGGAGUCUCGCCCAAAGAAGGAAGACGGGUGCAUCUGUUUCUUGGAUGAAGCUCUCCACUACCUGAAGACGCUACUGCGGCGCUAUCAAAUUGCCAAGGAGAUCAAGAAGAUCAAAGCCAAGGCGGAGCGUCUGCACCAGAUAAGGUCAAGGUACCAGACGCUGCCGGGCUCAUCGACCCGGCAAGCCUCCUUGCAGAGGAGAAAUGAUGUCCGAUCGGCCGCUCCCUGCGUCGACGAGGACCAGCUCGUUGGCAUGGAGGAGAGGAGGAGCAAGCUGAUGGAGUUGCUGCGUGGAGGCGACGGCCAGCUCACUGUCAUCUCUGUGGUCGGCCUGGGUGGCUCGGGUAAGACCACUGUGGCCUGGAACCUGUUCGAGGACGAAGGGGUGAAGGAGACGUUCAAAUACCGCGCUUGGAUCGACGUCCCCCAGCAGUCCGAUUACCGGGUGCUCCUCCGCAACCUCAUACGCCAGCUCCAGCAUGACCGGAAGGACCUUUCCCAAGGGCUGGGGUCCAUGGCCGAGCUGCAGCUGGCGAACCAGCUCAAACGAUUCCUCCGCGACAAGAAGUACAUGAUAAUUCUCGACGAUGUCAGGGAGCCGAGUGUCUGGGAACGCAUCGCAGGCGCAUUUCCCGAUUCCAAAAAUGGCAGCAGGGUGAUGGUAACCUCACAGAUUCACAACAUCGCCUCUCACGACAUUGGCAGUUGUGGUUACCUCACCUGUGUCUACCAGCUGCCGGAUCUGCAAGAUGACGAGCCGUGGGACCUCUUUCGCAGGAGGGCCUUCCGAGCCAACCCUGGGUUCGCCUGCCCGAAGCAUCUGGAAGACGUAGCAAAGAGCAUCGUCGAGCGCUGCGCGGGCCUGCCGCUUGCCAUCGUGACGGUGGGUGGACUUCUAGCAAACAAGCCUCAUACCCGGUACGAAUGGAACAGACUUCGCGAUGGCCUCAUCCCCGUGCUCCAGAGCAACGACCGGCUCGCAAGCGUGCAGAGGAUCCUGUCACUUGGCUAUGAUGAUCUACCAGCACAUCUCAAACCCUGUAUCUUGUGCUUCGGCGCCAUGCAGAAGUUCAAACAAACACGGCUGAUGAGGAUAUGGACCGCUGAGGGAUUCGUCCAAAGCGUCGAGGGCAGGACACCGGAGGAUGUUGCCAUGGACUACCUCAAAGAGCUCGCCAACCGGAGCAUGGUUCAAGUGUCAGAGUUGGAGCCGCCUGGACGCCCCACCAAAAUUUGUCGUGUUAAUGGCUUUAUGCAUGAAAUCCUCAAAUUCAAGUGCGUGGAACAUAGCGCGUACACACUCCUUGACGGCCAGCACGACGGAAACAACAACCAGCAUGGUCUGGCAUCACCGGAGCCACCGUCUCGCAAGAUCCGGCGCCUUCCAGUUAACAGUUCACAAAUGUAUCGGGAUAUGGCGUCUCUGCUGCAGCGCACCGACUGCGCCUCCAGCGUCCGCUCCCUCAUCAUUGCAAUUCGAGAUCAAACUGAUCCAAUUCCAGUCCCCUCUCCUGAACUCUCUAACAAAUUCGUGAUGCUGAGAAUGUUGGAUCUGGAGGGCACCAACGUCAGCGGGCUUUCAGGCCUGAUCGCUUCCUGCCGUCUUCUCAGGUACUUGAGCCUGAGAGAUACUAAUCUGGAUAGUCUACCAAAGUCACUGGGCAAGCUCCUCAACCUGGAAACGCUGGAUCUCCGAGGCACCCGAAUCACAAGACUGCCGGCCGAGGUCAUCAAACUCCACCGUCUUCGACAUCUACAUGUCUCCUGUCCGACCUCGUUAGAUCGGGCACCGAGAGACAUUUCGCUUGCAGGAUGGUACGAAUUGUUGCCGCAGCCGGGCGUGAGUGCUCCCCUUGGUGUCGGGGGAUUGACAGGCCUGGUGAAGCUGGCUCUGUUCGACAUUGGCCACGGCGAUGGCGUGGUGGGGGAAUUGCGAAAUUUGACGCAGCUGAGGAAAUUGGGCGUUCGCUGCAUCAGGAAAGAUGAUGGGGAGCAGCUGUGUGCUGCUAUCGAAAAAAUGAGCUGCUUACGCUCCCUGGUCCUUCACUCGGUGGGUACCGAUGAGCCUCUCCAUCUGCAAUCCUUGUCCUCUCCUCCUCAGCUUCUCGAGCAUCUAUCUCUGGUGGGGCCGCUGGGGAACCUGCCAACCUGGGCUCGAUUGCUGUGCUCCACUGUGAGGAUAGACCUCGUAGGGUCUCGUUUGAUGGAUGACCCGUUUGAUGCCUUUCAAGGCCUGCCAAAUCUAACGCAUCUCUCCCUGAUUGACGCGUUUGCUGGAAGGCAUCUAUGUUCAAGUUACGGAGGAUUCAAACGGCUCAAGAUGUUACAUCUUUCCUGUUUGAAUGGGUUGGAGUCGGUGACAGUGGCGGACGGGGCCAUGCCAGCUCUCGGACAGCUGUCCAUAUGGUACUGCGGGGGAUUGGAGCAAGUCCCAUCGGGUAUUGAAACCCUCACAAGUCUGGAGGAGCUUCAGUUGCUUGGAAUGCGUGAGGAAUUUUUACGCAAGCUGACGGAUGGAGGGACAGACAGAGGGAAGGUCGAGCAUAUCCGGCUGAUCAGGAUGAUCAUGCAAUUGCAGGAUGGUAGUUGGCGUCAUUUGGUAGACGUGGACCUUUCGGACAUAGAGGGGGAAGCAGAAGAAGGCGGACGACGACGAACAAGAGGAACUUUUUUGGAGCACCGAAGCGGAGAGAUUAUUAAAUGGACCCGGUUUAAUUUAUAGGAAGUAUUCGGAGUUAAUUUAUAAUUAAGUUUAUCAUUAAUAUUAGUAAGUUUAAGGAUCAUGUAGCUCAAAUAUUUAAUAUAUUAUAGAUUUCAAAAAAUUAUGUAAUUUUUUGAUCAAAGAGUUAGUAUUUAAUAUGUUAUGGAGAUCAAAAAGUAAACUAAGACUUAUAUAGAGAUUAAAAGGAUGUUUGAUUCGUCAUCGAAAUCGAAAUGGAUUGAAAUGAAAAUUUGAACUAUCAAGUUCCCUGUAGCUUUUGGUUCAUGACCGAAAUCGAAAUCAAAAUCAAUAUCGGAAUGAAAAUUUGAAUCUAUAGGAGAGAGUGUGGAUUGAGUUUUAAAUAGAUUGGGUCAUUCUCAUU